AUGAAUCAGAAGAAAGAUCCUAAGUCUGCUCCUCCUCGUGUACUGGCGACCUGGCUAGAGAGUGCUGCUCUGCGUUAUCUGCAAGUCGCUCUAAAUCAAUGUCUAUGUGCUGGGCAGCUGGACCUACUGGUUAGGUAUUGUGUGUGUAUAUAUAUAUAUAUAGAUAUAUAUAGUGAUUUUAAGGUCUGUGUGGAGGAAAAAGUAAUUGGGCGCAGAAAAGAAAAUAAGAAUAGACAGUGCGGCGGCGAGAAAGAGAAGAAAAGAAAGAGAGGAAGAAAGAGAGAGAGAGAGAGGAAGGAGGAGAGUGGUGAGGCUGGUUGUUGUGAGCGUUAUCCGGAGCACAAAGGCAGACGACGGCGACCUGAAAGCCGUCGGCGUCAAAGAGAAAUCGGAGACGAACGAUGUAGAGUUUUGACCCGAAACUCUAAGGUCCUCGUCAGUUCCAGGCGUAGAGUCAGUUCGUGCAGAGCAGAGGCCGGUCUUUUUCACUCUUCCGAUGACAUCAACGUCCUCGUCAGUUCCACACAUAGAGUCAGUUCAUGCAGAGCAGAGGCCGGUCUUCUUCACUCUUCCGGUGACAUCAUCGUAGGACUCUACAUUAUGUUUUAUUUAUUUAUGAAUUAGACAUGCACUAUUUAUUUAACAAUUUGGGAUUUUUAUAAAGGAUCCACAUGGUAUGGAUUCCCGAGUUGUUCUCUGGAGAUUUAUUUUAGUAUGGGAAUUUAUUGGAGAUUAUUGUAUCAGAUGAUUGGUUAUUUAAUUAUUAAUUUAGAUUUCCCUUUCAGCGUUA